AUAUGAAAAAACAAGGAAACGGUGGAGGGAGGGAGGGCGGUUGAGAGAAGAAGGAAAUGGAGGGAGAAGAAGAAGCAGCCGCAGGCGCAGCUUCAACGAAAUCAACAGAAAGAAAGCAUUCUCUCAAACCCCACCCUAUCUUCAAUAACUAUAACAGCUGGAAGCACAAGUUGAGAGAGAACUGUUACAAAAGAGUAAGAGAAGACAGAAGGCGGUUGCUUUGGAAGAUGAGAAUGGUGCCCACUCCACAAUUUCUCAAUCACAUUCCAAAUGAUUUGAUCAAAUCUGCUUUCCAGGACAUAGUUUCCGCUGAAUUGGGAAAAAUUAAGGACUCGUCAUUGGAUGACAAUACGAGGAUUUCGAAAUCUGUUCCUGAGGGCAAUGAUGUGUUAUGGGAAUAUGAAGGCCUUACAGACGCAUACCAAGGUGAUUGUGAAGAGAUGCUGUUAGAAAUGCAAAGGAUCUUUUACGAAGAUCUGAGUACAGAGCCAACUACAAAAGAAACAGAAAUCCGUGUUGAAACAUGGGAAGAUGAAGAGGAUGAGUAUUUGGCCCAGGCGGUUUAUGAGCAUAUGCAACUGAACGACAAGCAGCUGCGCAAGGAGGAAGUUUGGUGCCCCAUCUGUAAGCAUGGAGUACUACAAGAGAAUUAUCAUCUGAUUUACUGCAGCCUAUGUGAAAUUCGGCUCAACAAAGGCGAUGAGGUUAAUUUGGAAUUAUUGCGGGGCAGGCUAGCAGAAGUUCAUGCAGAGCAUUUUGAUCGUGGGUGCACAUUGAAGCCCAAGUUCUGCAUCGAGACUAGAUUUAAUAUAACUGCAUUGUACAUUCUUUGUGCUGCUUGUAAUACAUUUGAGAUUGUAAUAUGAAGAUGGUCAAUAUUUACUUCCAUUUUUUUAUGGUUGAAAA